CUUUCGACACACUUCAGCAACAUGUUGGUGAUAAAGCAAUCGAUGAAAUAUUGCCUACCCUUCUUAAUUCCCUCCAAUCUGGAGAAGAUUCUACUUAUGCGUUAGAAGCUUUGAAAGAAAUAAUGACAGUGCGUGCUAAUGUAGUUUUUCCGGUUCUCAUACCUAACCUCAUCACCGUGCCCAUUACUGCCUUCAAUGCUCGAGCUCUUGCAUCGUUAGUAACUGUUGCCGGUGCUGCUCUUAACAAAAGACUUUCGAAUAUUUUGACAGCACUCAUGGCGUCUUUGAGCAUGGAGACUGAUGAUUCUGUAAUUUCAGAGCUUCAAGAAACAGAGCGUGCACUGUUGCUUUCUAUUGAUAGUACUGAAGGCCUUCAAAACUUGAUGAUAAUACUGUUUGAAGCAGUUAAGAGUGAUGAACCUGCAAAACGAGCUGGUGCCUGCGACAUUGUUGCAAUAUUUUGCAGUGAGACUAAGAUGGACUUUUCAAGAUACACGACAGAAUGGAUACGAGUUUUAGUAUCACUUUUAGAUGAUCAUCAACUAGAGGUAGUCAAGUCAGCAUGGAAUGCUCUAAAUGCUGUGACCAAAUCUGUAAAGAAAGACGAUCUGGAACAGUUGGUUACGCCUCUUCGUCGUUCAGUGAAAGGUGUCGGGGUUCCUGGAGUUGACUUAACAGGAUUUUGCUUACCAAAAGGAAUAAGCCCCAUUCUUCCAAUAUUUUUACAUGGAUUGAUGUAUGGUACCGCUGAAAUUCGUGAACAGUCCGCUUUAGGAAUAGGUGAUCUUAUUCAACGAACGUCAGCUGAUGCUCUCCGGCCAUUUGUGACACAAAUAACGGGCCCACUUAUUCGUAUAAUCGGUGAUCGUUAUCCUCCUCAAGUGAAGGCAGCUAUAUUGCAGACAUUGAGCUUAUUACUUGAAAAGGUUUCUGCCCUCCUCAAACCUUUCCUCCCACAACUUCAACGUACUUUUGUCAAAUCUUUGACCGAUCCGACAAGUGCCCUUGUUCGAUCACGUGCCGCAAAAGCUCUUAGUACUCUGAUUUCACUACAAACUCGUGUAGAUCCUUUGAUACUGGAAUUGGUUACCGGAAUAAAAACGAGUGAGCCUAGUGUACGAGAAACUAUGCUGAAUGCUUUGGAAAGCGUUGUGAAUAAAGCAGGAGAUGGUAUGAGUGAAAUUUCAAAGAAGGGUGUUCUUGAAGUUAUUGCAAAUGGGUUAAAUGAUUCUUCCGAAGGAAUGGUGGUUGGUGCCGCACGUCUUCUUGGAAGUCUGUGUAAGCAUCUUCCGCACCAAGAAGCCAUACCUCUCAUCACAAAUUAUAUUCUAUCUGGAGAUCCGACGCAAAGUUCGCUUUUGGCCAUCAACGCAAUUCUUGUAGAAGCACCACGGGUUUUUGUUGAUUUAGGAAUUAAUAAAGAAAUAGUUAGUAUUGUAUCUACUGGCAGCAGGAAUAAUCAGCCGUCAAUUGCAGAUAAUUCAAUUAUUGCAGCAGGUAAAAUUUUGCUUACAGAGCUUUAUCAUGAACCAAAUACCAUAAGUCGCCUUGUAGAAGCAUUGGUACAUGAUGUCCGUGAACCCGCUACCUUGGUUGGAGAGACAAAACGAUUGGCUUUGGUUGUCUUUCGAGUAGUUGGAAGAAAGUAUCCUCAGAUUAUUCCUCAAAUUGUGGUGUGUGCUCGAGAUCGAAAUGUACCUGUGAAACUUGCGUCUGAGCGUGCGUUGUUGUAUGUACUUCAGCUUCUGGAUGGCGAGAACGUGAUGCAGAACUAUUUAUCAACAAUCGAUUCUCAAACGGCCAAAACUUUUGUUGAUUUUCAUAAACGCGUUUUAUCCAAACUUGUAUCACAAGAACGACAGAAGAUAGAACAAUUACAAUCGG